CUGCCAGACUCAUAACUGAAGAUUAUAUUAAGAUCUCUUGAAAUAAUAACUCCGCAGAUACUAGUACUGAUCUGCCCUUGCAGAGCAAUUGCCAAUCCUAGCAUUCCGAAUGACUAAUUCGUGUAACUUGACCAACAGGGUUAACUAGUUAAGAAUAAACAGUGACUAUUAACGCUUAGAAUUAACACGAAUGCUUGCGUUGACAGUUGACUUUUAUCCCACCAUCUGUGAAGUUAUCAGUAUCGACAUUAGUAGCCUUGAAUGGCGUGAUACCACCUGCAUAAGACUCCACGCCAUACCGAAAAAGGCGACUUCCACCAUUUAUACCUAUGAUAACGGCAUCGUAUCGCAGUGACUGGCGCAGCUGCUUGAUAAUCAUAUCCAAAAUAAGCGAGUUAGGAAGUAUAAAGCAGGCGGCAUGAGCCGUUAACUAUAUCAAUUCCUGCCGUUUAGAAUACUCUCUGGCAUAUAACCGUCAUACACAUCAUGUCUCGGCCCGAGAUUUCAGAAAAGAUCGAGCCGGUUUCCACUGACUCUGCAAGUCAAGAAACGAAAACUAAAGAUCCAGCUAUUUCGUAUUCGGAGGAGCUUCCAGUUCCUGCUGGAGAAAAGUCUUUGCACAUCGUUGCGCGAAAUCAAGAUCUCCCAGCAUACAAUGGCGGUGACGAGGAGGAUUCUAGGUCGAUUACAGGCUAUGAUGAUAAUCUCAUGAGGGACCGCGUCAUAUUAAGUAGUAAGGAGGAAAAGAAACUGAUUCGGCGUAUUGAUUGGCAUCUGAUUCCGCUCUUGUCCGUCAUAUAUAUGAUCAAAACCGUCGACUUUACAAAUGUCUCGAAUGCACGCAUUAUGGAUAAGGGAACACCACAUAAUAUUAUGACAGAGCUUCAUAUGACAGCAAAUGAGUACAAUCUCGUCACCACCAUGUAUUAUAUUCCAUACAUAUUAGCAGAGACACCGUCAAAUCUGCUGCUCAAAAAAAUGCGGCCAUCGGUCUGGCAAGCUCGAAUAAUGAUCUCCUGGGGAAUCGUUCUAUGCUGCCACGCUGCAGUCCGUAACAAGGAAGGCCUCUAUGUAGUCCGUUUCUUCCUUGGGCUUUUCGAAGCUGGUCUAUGGCCGGGGAUACUCCUGCAGCUGUGCUACUGGUAUCGACCAGACGAAAUUGCACCACGGAUUGUGUUGGUGACAGUGCUUGGGAAUUUCAGUUCUGUGGUUAGCGGAGUACUUGCUUUUGCUUUUAACGGAGUUGUUGCCCGUGGACUAUCUGGAUGGAAAUGGCUUAUUCUAACCGAGGGUGUUUUCACCGUGUUGUUGGGAAUAUUCACGUACUUCUUUCUCCCUGAUUUCCCUUCCACUGCAUCAUGGCUCACAGACCGCGAGAAGAGCUUCAUCCAAGCUCGGCUGCCACGUAACUCUCCUCGCGCAGCAGAAGCCAAUUUCAAUCUCCGUGAAAUUCUCGAAGCUCUUCGGAACAAACGCGUCUGGCUAUUUCUUCUCUGCUGGGCUUUCUACACCGUCGGCACGACGGGACUUACAUUUUACCAACCAACUGUCAUCGCAAAUCUGGGAUUCACCACGCUUGCCCAAACCCAGCUUUUGAACAUUCCGCCUGCCAUAUUUUCUGUGAUUUUAACAGUGCUGUUUGGUAUCGUCACAGACACUGGUAGAAUCCCGCAGCCAUUGAUUCCACUCGGCUUCAUGAUCGUUAUCCAAGCUUGUUACGCAGUGCUGUAUACAUUCCCCAGUAACGGGGCGGUAUACGCUGCUACAGUGAUUGCAGGCGGGUUUUCAGUUGCGUGGUACACCAUGAUGUGGCCAUGGCGUGUCCAGACCACCGAAGGAGCCACAGGCUCCGCCUUCGCUAUUGCAUUUGCGAACAGCUAUGGCCAGAUCGGAGGUGCAGUUGGAUCGCAGCUCUUCAACUCCCGAUACGCGCCUCGCUAUACGACUUCUUUCGCUAUUGCGAUGGGGUUUAUCGGCGCGGCGAUUAUCAUGAAUAUUAUUACCUGGAGUUUUACGUCGCGCGCUGAUGUGGACACGCGUAGGAUUAAAAGGGCUAGAAUCGAGGCGGCAAAGAGGAAUGAGGCUCUUUUGGAUGAUGUUGAUAUUCAUAGGUCCGGGAAGAGGUGAUUUCCACGGCGUAUCUCGUAUUGCUGCGGGAAAACUAUAGAUAAAAUUGUAACCGCACGUAUGCCAGGAUAGCUUCAAAUUGUACGGAAUGAUGGAAGGGGGUGGGGCGACUAAAGGAAUGAUGAUAAAUCUUCUUCAAAGCAC